AUGGUUGUCCCAUUAAUCGAAAAGAUCCUUUCCUCGGGAGCCGACAUAGACCAACCCAACAAUAACGGCAACCCAGCACUCUUCCUGGCAUCAAACACUACCACCCUAGACGUACUAGUUCGUCAUGGAUGCAAGCUGGACGUCGUCAACAAUAAGGGUAAAACUGCUCUUGAAUACCGAAUCCGGAAUCGCAAUAUGGUCAUCGCUCUUCUUCGUUUAACUCACAAGCUUCCGUUAUUCAAAGCGCACGCUCACAAGUACUUCGCACCGUUGAUUUUCGGUAAUCGUGUCUUCUUCACGCAAACCUACCGACCAUUUCUGGAAGCUAACCCCGACACGCUCAAAACUUUGUUCGAUUCCCUCUACGAAAACUCACCCGAGUUUGCCUCGGAGCUGUUCAACAAAGCGUGCUGCAAUGGACAAUACUUCGUAGUUGAGAAAUUCCUAACAUUCAACUACGACUUGAACUACAAUGUCCGCGACCAAGACGGUUCCACCUGUAUUGUAGGAUGGUUGAAAAAUAUGUAUGGGCAGCGCGACGAUGCCUUAGUCGAACGACUACUGGCAAAGGGUGUCGAUCUUGAGAUCCGCGACAAAACCGGUAGAAAUGCCCUGCUCACCUUCGUGGGCAGAUUCUCUUCAGAGGCAUGCUACGAACACAGCAUAAAGACGGUCCAGCUACUGCUGGACCACGGAGCACGGUUGGAUGCACGGGACGCGGCUGGAAAUAGUGCUUUGCAUUUGGCAUUUGCAAGAGGUGAAUUGGAACUGGUGGAGGUGCUGCUGCGAAAUGGUGCUGACUUCACCGCUAGGAAUUGUAAUGGCGAAAUUCCUAUUCAGAUGGGCCGUAGAAUGCAUCAAGAGUUGUUCGACUUUAUCAGCUAG